CACAUAUAACGCCUUAAUUGUGGAGGGAAAGCAGCUCUGUCUCUUUUAAAAAUGUACAAAUCUAGCUAUUAAUCACUAUUAUACAAUUACACGUGAGAAAGUGGCUCAUAUCUUGUUUUAUCUGUAUCAAGUGCACGUGCAAGAAGGUUCACAGCAAGCCCGCAUGCAUGGUCACAUUUUCUUUGUGCGCAGUAAAUGAGUGCAGCAGAUGGUUACGGGUAAAUCAGAGGCUGCGCUGAGAGACGCAAGCAUCUGAGGGCAGUUAACAGUCAGUCAGGUCAGGUAGAUGUUUGGAGGAAAUGUCUCACCAGUCGCUCGUGGGCUGACCGGACAUUCACGUCUGUUCAUCGCUCGAGCGUCAGGGAAUGCGCGUGAGGAGAUGAAACUUUCCCUCAGACGGACUGAGUGCCAGGAGAUCUUCCCAUCAGAAGACCGAGAUUAUUGGCUUGUUAUCGAGCUCUGCCGUCAGAAGUUUUGUAAAUGAAGAUUUCUGCCGGUUUACAUCUGGUUGCUCUCGCGGCUUUACUUCACGCUUGUUCUCACGUGUGUGCCAUUCCUCCAGAAUGUGAUCUAGACGUCAUGCUACUCAGAGAGGAGGAAAACUGCUACAACAUCAUCUAUCAAGAGAACCUGACAGAGACCGGGUCCACACGCACAGGUUGCAGUGCUUUAUGGGAUGAUCUGAACUGCUGGCCUCAUGCUGAAAUGGGAGAGACUGUGUCACGGCCAUGCCCUGGUUUCCUUCGGGUCAAAGGAGCGGUGAUGAAAAGCUGCACUGAGAAUGGCUGGUCUGAAGUCUUUCCCCCGUACGAACUCGCCUGUGGCCAUGGGCUCAAUGACAGCUUUCAAAUUCCCAUUGACUUGGAGGUCUCACAUGAGUAUUUCUUUUAUGUGAAGAUUAUGUAUUCUGCGGGAUAUGCCGUCUCUCUUGUCUCACUCAGCAUUGCCCUCACAGUGUUGUGUGUGUUCAGGAAGCUGCACUGCACUCGUAAUUUUAUUCACAUGCAGCUUUUUUUGUCCUUCAUCCUGAGAGCCGUCUUCAUCUUCAUCAGAGAUGCUGCGCUGUAUUACUCACAGGAGUACUACCACUGCAACUCUCAUCCGCCUGGCUGCAAAGUGGCACUGUUCCUGUCUAAUUACUGCAUCCUGGCAAAUUACAGCUGGCUGCUGGUGGAAGGACAUUAUCUGCACAGCCUCAUUAACCUCUCACUGCGUUCACAGAAGAAACGCCUGCACUGGUACAUCCUGCUUGGCUGGGGGAUCCCGAUGCUCAUUAUUUUUAGCUGGAGUUUGGCCAAAUACCUGCAUCAGGAUGAAGGAUGCUGGGAGACGAGAGAUCAUGGCUGGAUAUGGUGGAUACUGCGAGUUCCAGUCAUCAUUUUUAUCACAGUAAACAUGCUGUUUUUUCUGAGUAUUAUUCGGACAUUAGUGGCAAAACUGAAAGCUCCUGACAUGCAUGGAAAUGAAAUCAAUCAUCACAGGAAGCUGGCGAAAUCUACAUUUCUCUUAGUGUCGCUGUUUGGCCUGCACUAUGUGCUCUUCGCCUUUUUCCCUGAUAGAGUGAGCAUGCUAACCUUCAAAAUCUGGAAUGUCAUUGAGCUAGCAUUAGCAUCCACACAGGGCUUUAUUGUGGCACUGCUGUACUGUUUUUUGAAUGGAGAGGUACAAUAUGAAGUCCAAAGACGAUGGAGACGGUGGCGCCUGAAGCAGCGUUUCCAUGGUGACCCCAGGGUGCAUCACGGCUCCCUGAGUAACAGUGGCCUGCCGCUGACACAGGUCUCACUUCUGACACGUCCCAGCACACAGAUCACCUGACCACAAGCACCCAACGCCACCACAAUCCAACAUCUUAAAUCAUGCACAGUCCAUUAAAACUACACAAUCCCUCAGAUUAACUA